CCGAAGCGGCUCGAUCAGCAGCACCCACGACAAAGCGUUGGGCGCGUUCGACCGAUCGACCGACUGACUGACUUCUGGUCGUUCAACGGCAACCCCGAGACGACGAUCGAUGCCAAAACCCCCAGUAGUAGCGGGCCUCGUUUUGAAGGUUCGCCGCUCGCUCGCUCGUGCAGCUCACUACUCUGGCGAGAAGCGCGUUGUUGUUGAACGGCCGCAUGUCGCCGGCGAGCGUAUGGUUGCGGUUUGUGUUUUGUUUUGCGCUUUUCAUUUUCAGUAUUGAGCUGUCCCGCGCGACGGCAGGACGUGUUUCGCGUGAAGCUUGCUUGCUAGCGGUUCGGUUUCAACUACGCGCCUUUGCAUCCGUUUUCCGUCUCACGUUGGUGCUUCCUGAUUCGUCCUUUUAUUAUAAUCGUGGUUAUUGCAUGUGGUCUGUGCAGUGUUUUCGUUGCUGUUUACGUCGCAGUUUCGUGCAUGACCUUCCUCACGCGUAUGCAAAACACACCUCAAACUAUUGAAAGGUUUUGCGUGCAGUGGAAUAAUUUACGCGCGUAAAAACGAUCAGUUACGUGCGCAACCGUAGCCGGGGGCGAUUAAAUCCGAAUCCUUCGGGGUUGUGAAAAAACAAAGAUUUCUCGACCCAGCAAGCGAAAAAGUAAGCAACAAACGGAAACCCAUCGUGGGUUUUCCGCAAACAGUAAAGUGUCUUGAUCAUUUCUUGAUCGCGAUCGCAGUCUUGUGUUCUCUAAUCUAAGCGACGCUAAAAAUCAACCGUUGUGUUUGUUUCUGAUUAAAAUUAUUUACUGCUGUGAUCUGGUAAUAAUGUAGCAUCAAUUUAAAGUGAUUGUUUUGUGUACUAGUACUUCUAGCACGAGUGUCCUUCGAAGCUGUUAGAAAUCUUUGUGAAACACUGUUUCAUUAAUCUGCUACCGAAUUCCAUGUGCUGAGACAGCUUUUAUGCAAAAAGUACGAUCGUCCACAAGUAUGCACGGAAGUUGGAAGAAGGAUGCUAAUUUCCAAAACGUAAAUACCUGCAAUUACGACAAUUAAAGUGUGAGUGCAAACGAGCCGCGUGUAAGACACAACACGAUUGCCCCAGUCAGCUUAACCUGCGCCCAACCAAGCCCUUCGACCAACAGGCUUCGACAGCACCAGCAGGCUGGCUUCUGCUUCUGAUGCGGCUGCUUGGCAAGAUUACUGUUAUUAUCGCAUGAAUUAGGAUCAAUUUAUGGUCCAUUCCCGCACGGAACGUAUUGGCGGCACGAAGAAGGGAGUGUAUCGGUGUGGUAUGAUUCAAGUUUGACCCUUUCCGUGUCGUGCCGUGCUGAAGUGUAGCAGUUAAUGCUGAAGUGAGUGGAGAGGAUGUGUAGUCACCACAAGGAUGCAUGUACGGCCGUGUGAUUUCUGACGAUUUGCGGCAAAGUCAAUGUAUAAUGACUACAGUGUGUCGCAGAGUGCCGGAGAUGAGUAGCAUACGAUGUGAGGCAAAGUAACACAAAAGAGCAAAGUGAUUUUUAUACUGUCUAUGGACAUAAUGCCUGAUUAGUAGUGAAAAGCUACAUACCCACAUACAUUAACGAUAAAAUACAAAUCAACACAACAGCAAGGCACUGAAGCAUUCAACGCACUUUGCCUGUUCGCAAUGUAAAUAAAACACUCACUAUCGCUUAAGGCCAGUAUUAGUGAUUUAAGGAAAUCGAUAGCGUUUAGUGACGUGUGGAAGUAGCAUAGUUAUUGUUGUGUGUAUGUGCGUAUGUGCAUUUUCUUGUCUCUGUGCGUGUGUGAGUAACGAAACAAAAAUUCCAAUUCUAAAACUCGUGUGUGCGAAAGCUAUUUAUCCCCCAAACCCUCUCUCACAUCACUUUGACGUUCUUCAACGUACGAUCUCCAGCCGAGGCAAGAUUUCCGUUAUCGAAACCCUCAAGCCACGUAGCCCUUCAGUUCCGGUAGUUGCUGUUGAAAACAGUUGAAGGAAAAAAAUAAGCCGUCCUACUGUCGGGGGCCCCCGAAGUGCACCUUCGUGUUUGGAGCGUAGAAGACAGCAGCGUGUGGUGAAAAAUAUAGAAAAAAAUAACGCCGAUCUAAACGCAACGCGAAGGCAACAACUCUAACGCGCCUUCGCUUCGACCGGAGCGCGCUAACCUGUUUGAAAGGUACUGCACAAAUCGCACCGAACCAGUUGUGUCCGCUGCAAACAACAAAACCUGCCGCCGCUGGUGCAAAAGACUGCGGCUACUGCUACGACUGGGAGGUUCAAGAAUAAUAAUACAAACCCUCCCCGCCUCCCGUCACUUGUAAGGGCCCAUGCGCAGACAGUGGCAGGUAGUGGGCAGGCGUACUAGAGAGCAGCCAGCUUCACGUACGCAGUACCGGUUUGCCAGCUAGCUCGGCACCUGGCCGGGUGUGAACGGAGGGGGGAUCGUGAAAAACCUAUGGUCUGCACCGAAACGGCGGGGACCUCGAAGAUUGCGCGAACGUUUGUUGGUGGCACUGUGGUCCGACGUUCUAGCCAGGUUGCCGCCGACCAGUCGUCCCCGUCCAUUACUACUACUCUCGCGGUACAGUGGUCCUACCUUCCGAGCACGGUGGAGGCCUGAUUGUGUCCAGCUCGCGAACACGUAUGCUAAAAACACUCCAUGCUCCAAACGGGUACAAAUUAAGGUGUGCAUUUACUCGUACACGUACUCCGUACACGACCAUCUUGGCCAGUUUCUCUGCGUUCUAGAAACGCUUCACUUCCUCGGUUUUUGGUGCGCACCUCCACAGCCUCUCGAGCACCAGCAGGCGACCAAUUAAAAGGGCAUUAAUGAAAACAACCGUCUGGUUGAGGGGACACCGUGCGCGCCGUGUCGAUUGGGUUACCAGCUUUCGCGGACUGUCCGUCGCGCAAGAGUCCUACACGCUGGCGGGGGUCCUAGAGUGCUGACGGAAGUACCGCGGAAUACAUCGAUCGAUGCAUUGGGCUUCUCAAGGCAUUGAGCUUUCGUAAAGCUCUGAGUGAUUGUCAGAAAGUGUGAGUGUGUUUGUGUGUGUUUGUGUGGUUGUAUGUGACCCAAUAUUGAAUCCAACUGACCCCAGCUGCGUUCCCGUUGACCCGCGCUCUAGUGGCAUGAUACCGAAGUGUGCUGCAGUCGAUUGCGGUGAAACGAAUGGGUCCGUGUGAGCGUGUGAUCGUGUAGAAAAUUAUUGUCCAAGAAUCCUGAAAGUGUCUGUUUGAAAAAAAAAGAGAGGGAGUGAGAAAAAAGGUCUAGAUAGAUGGGAAGUGUGCACUUGCGUGUAUGUAGCUGUCCAUUAAUGCUAAUCUCGUAGCGGUGAUUGUCAGUUGGUUCGCCUACCGUUACUGCUGCGACUGCUCGUGAGCAUCAGAAGCAAGCACACCCUAGACCUCUGCAUUCGUCGUUGCAUACACUCUCCCGGAUGUUUCGAUGCAGUAGUGCUGGUGUAACCGAUCGACAUCGGUGAUUUGCCCUUCUUCUUCAUCAUCAUCGUCAUCGUUCACCUAAACGCUGGAGUUACAGUACGCGAUUGCUGUUGUGGUCAUCGUCACUGUCAUCGCACAAGGAUUAUCAUUUUGAUACGGCGUACUGGAAUUUUAAUGGUUUACAUGAAUGGACUUGGCAAUGACCCUCUGUCUGCAAAAGAGGCAGAGGGCCCACCAGUCCAGCUAGAGCCCGUCGAUCUCAGCGUUCGCUCCCCGCCAAAAGAUCUUAAGUCAACGUCGGUCCGAAUGCGAAGCGGGGGACUCCUGAAACGGCCACCACCACCACUCAUCACAGCACCACACCUGCUAGCGUUAAGGCACAAAACGAAAGAUCUAUUUUACUCACUUCACAACAACAACAACAACAACAACAACAACAACAACAACAACAACAACAAUGAGGAAACUGAAAACGAAAGCACGGACAGUAGUGAGUCGACGGCAACGGCCAAGAUUGCAGCUGCGGCCGCUGCUGCAGCCGCCGCAACAAUUGCCGCAGCAGCGGCCGCCUCGCAAGCACCUCCCUCCGCCUUCUCGCCAACGCACGCACACCAUCUCCUGUCGACGCUGUGCGGCACCGGUAGUUCCAUCGUACCAGGCCAAUCGGAAACGCCUGGCAACAACGGUAGCGCCGCCGACGGUGCCACAGCAGCAGCCGCAGCAGCAGCACUCAUCCUAGCCGAGAAUAACAAUAGCCUUAGUGUGAAUAACAACAACUAUCCUAGUGAAAGCGACCUUGAAACGAAACCGAGUACCUUCCGGGGCGAGUCGACGACCUAUCCUACUAUCUACAACAACUACUGUGUUCAGCAGCGGGGCAGCCCAACGCAACGUACGAGUUCGGAAAGUCAGAGGAAAAAAUCUCCAUCCACGGGACUGGGUAGCAGUGGUACUGGUGGUGGUGGUGGAACACAUCCGAUACAACACCCACAUCAUCAUCCUCACCAUCAUCUCUUUCCGCCACAAUUCCUGCAAGCCUUCUCGGUGCAUCAACUUCAGCAGCAGGAAGAACAGCUGCUGAGCCACCGUCGAGCACAGUCGCCACUUUCGCUAAUGUUCGAUCAACAACUACAGGAGCAGCUGCACCAGCUCUCCGCAGCAUCCGUCGUACAUCCGCCGUCCGUGGCCAAACUGUUGCCCGGUAUACCAGCACCGCUGGCGGCAUCGAUUGCAUCCAUCGCUUCUAGCUUACCGAAAAACCAUCCGCUUAGCGAGACUGCCACUGUUGCAUUUCAGCGGUUGCUUCAGCAACAACAACAGCACCAGCAAUCGGCCACUGUGGCUGCAUCAUCGCAGUUAGGUUCGGGGCUAUUAUCAUCCCGCUCUCGCAACAGCACAAAACCCACCGACCGCAGUAGCAGUCCGGAUCGUUACAUCGGCAAGCUAACGGACCUUCGGCAGCGAACCGCUUCCAACAGUAGUUCCAAUGGAGGUGCCGCCGCCAGUGGCGAACAAGCGGCCACGCCAUCAUCCAAACGGCACGCGGACGAUGGGAAUGGACAUAGCAGCAGUAGUAGCAGCAGCAGUAAUAACAACACUCCUCGCCAUCAUCUUCAUCUUGCAUCAGCCUCACCGGGACUGCUGGGUCUGGGCAGUGAGCUUCGCCAUCAUCAUCAUCAUCAUCAUCACAAUCAUCACCAUCACCAUCAAUCGUCCUCCUCGCUAUCCUCGUUGAAAGGAUUGACGAAGAAUCGGAAGAUCCACCGCUGUGAUGCAACUGGUUGUGAUAAGGUGUACACGAAGAGCUCUCAUCUGAAGGCACACAAACGAACACACACUGGUGAAAAACCAUACAUCUGCACAUGGGAAGGCUGUGUUUGGAGAUUUGCCCGAUCGGACGAGCUCACCCGCCACUACCGGAAGCACACCGGAUUGAAACCCUUCCGCUGUAAGCUCUGCACACGUUCCUUUAGCCGUUCGGAUCAUUUGUCGCUUCACAUGAAACGACACUAAAAAUGUGUUACUAUUUCGAUGAUUUCGCCCCGCCCAUCCCACCCCUACACCAGAGUGUCUAUCAUCCAUUUGAUCUAAGAAGCGUUGUGUCCGCCCUAGUCCCCCCAAACAUUGCACCACGCUGUGAAGCAAAGGACGGAUAAGGGGGACACUAUCGAUGAAUCUCAAUAAUUGUGUACUACGGUUAAGUUAUUGAUAGGGUGCUUAUAUUUCAGUUUAUCUUUACUUUGCUAGCUUGAUGUAUCCUUCGUUCCAGAUUUUCGAUUGGCAAAUUACAAAAAAAAAUGCUUGACAGCCUCUCUAAUCAGUUUUUAAGCCUUAUGAGGUUUUUUAGUUCGACAUUUUUGAUUUUCUUACGCGUUACGCGUUUUUUGUAUAUUUUUACAACACUUUUCACAAUUCCAUGUUAGAGAAACAGAAAUCUUUUAACUAUCAACAAUCUAUUUCUGUGCUUUCUUAUCUUUAAGAUUUUGUAGCCUCUUUGUGCAAACUUUUGCUUGCCAGCCUACAUCAAUAAUGAUAACCGAACAUUCCUAAGCGUUAGUGGAAGUAACGAAACGUAGUAGAAUAUACAGUGACGGGGAAGAGGGUGAGAGUGAGAGUAAGAGAGAGAGAGAGAGAGAGAGAGAGAGAGAGAGAGAGAGAGAGAGAGAGAGAGAGGGGGAGAAUGAACUAGAAGAAGAAGAAGGAAACAAAAUGCUCAUGCUUUUUCAACGAUUGUCAGUAGCAAAACCAUUCCAAAAUGGAGCCAGUUUUAUUUUACAACAAUUAUACAUGUUUUAGAAUAAUUUCGAUUAAGUUGUUAGUGAACUACAGUUUCAUACAAAACAAGAUGUUCAGUAGCGCAAUUGUACUAUAAGUGAAUAAUCCCGUAACCACCACAUCCAUGACAUUUGACGUUAAAUGCCAGUAGAAUACUCGUUGAAUACGAUUCAUUUCCUACAGUAUAAUACUCCCACAAACAGGUAACAUACCGCAGUGACCACUACCGUUUAGACCAGCUGUAAGCAAUGUGGAAUAGAUGGAACAAUAAGGUAACAAUAACAUAGAAAAAGAAAAGAAGAAGGAGAAGGAGAAGAAAAUAAGGCAAUAGUAGAAGAAGAAGAAAAUAAAUCAAUAGUAGUAGUAGAAGAAGAAAAAGAAAGUAGUGAUGAAACAGAAAGCAACAAAAAAAAACUACAUCAACAAUGCGAACCAAACGUGUCGCGUAACGUAAAGUGCAAUGACGGAAAAUCCCAAAAUAGUGUUCUAAGAAAGGAGAUGUUUAUUAAUACAUCCAUUUUAUUUUUAUAAUACCGUACCUUAGAUUUGUUAAUCGUGUUAGCCUUUUUUUGUUUGUUUUAAUUGUCUAGAAAAGUUUUUAUUUUAACUCUUUUCUGUUUUUUUUUUAUUAUUCUGUUAACGUUCUGCUCGUGUUUUCUUGAAGUUGAUUGUUAAAGUGAAUAGAGCUCGCAGUAGAGUAGAGAUUCGUUAUCAAUUCCUUACCCAUAGUAGGCUCUGAAUAGUGAAUGGUGUUGAUGGAUUUGCGCACGAAUCUAAGAUUCGGAACCGCGCAUCGUGGGGUUUGUUUGCGAAUUCUGAAGGAAUGAGGGCGCAGUGUGUUAUCACGUUUUUAUUUUAAAGGAAUUCUUAUUAGAAAAUUGGUUUGGUGAUUUGUUUCUUAAAAGAUUUAAAACCAAGAAAUAUUAUGGAAAUUCUUUUUGUAUUUUUUGUAGCAUAAAAUUACAUACAAAACAGGAAACGCUCUAUGAAGUUGUAGCACAACAGGAACAACAUAAAAAGCUCCGUAUAAUUCUUCGCCUUCAUUGGCUUCUCAUGCAAUGAGACGAUCAUCUCGACCAGAAAGUACCGUGCGCCAGUAAUUAAUUGUUGUUUUAUUUUGUCAGUUAAUAAUAACAACUUUCUUGUCCUGUUUGUUCGUCCUGUUGCACAUCUUUGGAAACACACACGUGCUAGAGGCCGCCCUCGUUACGCCAUUACUCCCUUUAACGUUUUGUUAUUUUCUCUUAACUGUUCUUAUUGUUGGUGCGAUUGCCUCGAAAUGGAAGCAUAAAUAAAUGAAUAAAUAAACCGAAUAGUAACAUUUUAGUACGAGCAAUUUAGUUGUUGGCGUGUACAAUCGCAAUCGUUUGUACGACGCCAAAUUCCCGAUUGAACGAACAAAACCGAGUGGACAGCAUAGCAAAGCCAGUAUUGUUUAAUGUUUUACCUAAUGGAUAAGUGUACUAUUGAUAUCGGAGUAGUGUUAAGAGCGCAAUCGUCCAAUUCAAACAUGGCAACAAAAUAUUCGUAUUCGAAGAAGUUACUUUGAAAUAGAUAAACAACAGAACAGAAAACAAGAUCGCCGAAAAAUAGGAAAACAUUGUAUUCUUCUAUCACAUAGUUCUCUUUGAGGAUGUUUUGUUCGAUAAACUUCUGUAGCAAAUACAAACGCGAGAUUUUCCUGUUAUGUUUCUAGUGAGUAUUUUGUUGAAACAAUAAAUGCUACAUAAACGUACGAAAGCGAUACGAAAACAAGCCAAGUAGAAAGUAAAAACAAAAGAAACAAAUUGUUGAAGAAUUUUAUUAUUAUCAUCACGUCCGAAAACAUACCAAUUUCGAAUAACUUGUUGAUUUUUAAAAACAUAUUCUAACUUACAAUAGCAAUAAAGGGAAAUUUCAACUAUCAGAACAUGUGAACAUGUUUAAAAAGAAAUCUGCAUAUUGCAUACAUUUAGGCGCAACUCUAACCUUACAUGUCGUAUAACAAUCCGUAUAACAGAUUGAUGGUUUCGUUAAAUUUCGGUUCAAUAAAAUGCAGCACAUGUUGAAUCUUAUUUUUUAUUUUAUUUUUAUCAUAUUUUUAUUGUGUUUUUCCACAUUUUUCUUUAUUUUCUUUCAAAGCAUGUUUGGUUUGUAUUGUUGAAUAUGUGUGAAUGGUUGUUGUUGUUAUUGUUUGCAUUUGCUUUUCUUGUCUGUUUGAAUCAAUCAAUCAAUCCAUCAAUUGCUGACCAGUUUUGUAGGCUUUAUAUGUUAGUGUUUUCAUUACCUGUGUUUCUUUUUCUACAUCCUUUCCCUCCGUUGCUACUGCAGUCGUUCUUCGAUCAGUUAUUGUAUAUACUGCAACAUUUUGCACAUUUUCUUUCCUUUCACUAUUAUGAUUCUACGACCCUAUGACACUUUCAACGUCUUUCGGCAUGCCACGGUUACAUGUUGUCGAGGGUUGCACUUAUUGGCGAUGUCUUUAAGACUUUGUCUGUUUCGACUACUUUCCUAUUCGCUCAAACCCUUAGCUUGACCUCUCGUCUCUAAAAAGCCAACGAUGCUUCAAUCAAUCAGCUUUUGAAUACUUAGAUUUCUUCGCACAUUUAAAUAAUACUUGCACAGGCAACUCAACCAACUCCAUCAAGCAGCAGCGUACUUACAGUUACGAUCAGAUCACUGUGAUUACUUCAGACCAGACACGUGCAUAUUGCUCACUUCCAGGAGCGAACUUGCUGUUAGUCAAAUUCUGCACAUGCUUUUGCAGAGAUCGACAAGACAUUCACGGACCAUAACCAAACCACAGGUCAUUCUGUUUUAUCUCUGUUCCAAAUAUAUAUAUUUAUCUGUAUAGGUAUAAUUGUUUAUGUAUAUAAAUAUUUAUGGAUUUGCUUUUUUUUGUAUAUUUCAUAUAGUUGAAGGAGAUAAUACGAUUUGGUUUUGUUCAAUAGGUUCGAUAUUUUAUCUUUUCCCAAUCGUUCAAUUCAUUUGUGGUUUCUUCUCCUACACAAACGUUCACAAAUCGCUUUCCCUCCUUUGGUUGUGUUUUGUUGCUUACCACUUAUCUUCCAUAUUGUUUUGUUCCAGAGUUCUUUCUUUCAUUCCUGGCUACACAUCCAUUUACUAUUUGUGUCCUUUUGUUGCAUUUUCCAUUUCUUUUAUUAGACCUUCUCAACAUGCUGCUCAAAAGCUUCUUGCACGACAUGAUGCAACACUUACUUGCAUGCACAGGCAAGUGUUUCUUUGUUCUUGUUGUUAUAUUUUACUCUUCCUUGUUUUUAUUUCAUCCAAUGCUGUGAUUAUAGAGUUCAGAAUACAUAUAUUGUUUUAUGCACGAUCGUAUG